AUGUGCGCUCCACUGCAACAAAGCUGACUAUAUUUUUUGAAUCCAGAUGACUGAUGCUGGAAGCUGGUGCUUGAUUGAAAGCGAUCCUGGUGUGUUCACUGAAAUGCUGCGUGGUUUCGGUGUUGAUGGGCUUCAAGUCGAGGAGCUGUAUUCGCUCGAUGAUGAUAAAGCGAUGACACGACCAACUUACGGACUCAUUUUUUUGUUCAAGUGGCGCCAGGGAGAUGAAACAACUGGGAUUCCUAGUGACAAGCAAAACAUCUUUUUUGCUCAUCAAACAAUUCAAAACGCUUGUGCUACUCAAGCUCUCAUCAACUUGCUUAUGAACGUGGAAGAUACCGAUGUGAAGCUUGGAAAUAUCCUGAAUCAGUACAAAGAAUUCGCGAUUGACUUGGAUCCGAAUACUCGCGGUCAUUGUCUUUCGAACAGCGAGGAAAUUCGCACUGUUCACAAUAGUUUUUCUCGUCAGACUCUUUUCGAACUUGAUAUCAAAGGCGGAGAAUCGGAGGAUAACUAUCACUUUGUGACAUACGUGCCAAUCGGUAAUAAGGUCUACGAGCUGGAUGGGCUUCGUGAGCUCCCACUUGAGGUUGCUGAGUUCCAAAAAGAACAAGACUGGAUUGAGGCAAUUAAGCCCGUAAUUCAACAAAGAAUGCAAAAAUACAGCGAAGGGGAGAUCACGUUCAAUUUGAUGGCACUUGUUCCAAACCGCAAACAGAAACUGCAGGAGAUGAUGGAGAACUUGAUUCAAGCAAAUGAAAAUAAUGAGCUUGAAGAGCAGAUAGCCGAUCUCAAUAAAGCCAUUGCUGAUGAGGAUUACAAAAUGGAAAUGUACCGCAAGGAAAACAAUCGCCGACGUCACAAUUAUACUCCGUUCGUAAUUGAAUUGAUGAAGAUUCUUGCAAAGGAAGGAAAAUUGGUUGGACUUGUCGACAACGCUUAUCAAGCCGCUAAAGAAAAAUCCAAGCUGAAUACAGACAUAACCAAGCUUGAAUUGAAGAGAAAACAAUAGAUAUUGCAUUCUAAACGUACUUGAAUUAUUUAUUUGUAUUCUCAUAAUUUAAAUGGGUUCUUGAUUGUUUUUGUUUUAAUAUCAGACAUUAAAUUUAUUAGUUCAAUAA